ACUUUGGGCGCUUACUCGGUUGUUGUCCGAAAUCUCAAUAAUUAUCGUCCAUGUGUGAUCCUGAGGGGAUUAAGUCAUUUCUGUACACUUUCUUGCAAACUAAGAAACGCAUAGCACCGGAGUAUACUUUCAUUGAGAAGCCCGUCGGUCGGAAUAAGGUUAGGUUUCUUUGUGAGGUAAGUAGAGUUCUCUCCCUGUACCUAGUUAUAGGCUCGGGCUGAUGGCUACAAUUACGUUGGAAUAGGAAAUUCUACAACAAAAAAAGAAGCUCAAACGAAUGCAGCUAGAGACUUUGUUAACUACCUUGUUCGUGAAGGUGAAAUCCCUGCAUCUUCCGUUCCAACAAUACAACCUGGGAAUGUCGUAUAUCCGGAAUCUGCAAGCACAUCUACAUCUGAAAACUUUGGGCAAAGUUCUCAACAAGGAAAUUCGUUAGGUUCUGGUGGUAGCUACAUCAGUAGCAUAUACGACCAAAAGAAGUUGGAAGAGGUAGUGUUUGUAUAACUUCAUAUUCUUUGUGUUAAGGCAGAAGAGGUGGAUUUAACUUCUGAUUUGCAUGGUGGUUGGUCUAUGGAAAACGCCAAGGCACGUCUAAAUGAAUACUUACAAGCAACUCGCCAGCAAGUGGGCCAAGUGAAAUAUACUUCAGUCGGUCCAGAUCAUAGCAGGUAAGACAGCGCCAUAUGGUGCUAUUUGUGUAAAUGUAUUAAGUCGAUAUAUUAGCUCGCAGUUAUGACUCUUGUGACAUCAUAUAUUUAUACAUAGUGGCCAGGCGGACAGGAACGCUGGGUGACAUAAGGAGCAUUCAGUGCCCUGAUCGCUUCUCCACUCAAUUUCGCUUAUAUUUUAACGAAUUGAGUGGUCUUGGCGAUCAGUUGGCUCUGAGUGCUAAUAAAAUGAUACAUUCAUUUGUUUACAGCUUGUAUUCUUGGCCUUCGUAAUCAUCGUUCAACCGCAAGUUCAGUCGUAGUAGGUAAGUUCUUUUUGCUACAGGAUAAUUCACCUAAUUAUGCUAAAUUAGUUACUCCAAAUUAACAUAAAGUUUCUUUUAAAAUGUCCAAAUAAACGCAUUACUUUGAAUCAACUGUUUAAAAUGCUUACAGGAGUUACAUAGCGGAGAUGACUGUCUUGGCGAAAAAUCUUCGGAAAACCCUGUACGCUCGGGAGGCGGGAUCAAACAAACAACUAGCAUCUCGUGCUUGUUGCCUAUCAUUGGUUCGGCAGCUCUUUCAUGCAGGCGAAUUGGAAGCAUAUACUGGCGAAAGACGAAAAAAGAAGCACAGUGAGGUUGCAGUGCAUGAUGUCAAUUUGAAUUCAAAAGUUGAAGAAAAUUUAACCGAUGUGUUGGAAAAUUUGGGUCUUCCCGUUAAUUUGAAACCUACAAGUCUCCCACCAGAUCAAGCUUAUAAUAUGAUUACCAAUUACAACUUGGUAGACUUUGGUGAUGCUCCUAAACAACAACCCCAGUUGGUCGCUUGGUGUCCACCACUCCCUAACUGGAAUCCAUGGACUGCUUGCAAUAUCGAUGAAGGUCCAGAGGCUACUCAACCAUUACCUCAUAUUAGCGCUAACUUGGCUGACGAACGGUUACGUCGACUUGAUAGCGACCCUCAGUUGCGGUCAUUAAUGGAUGAGCGUGCUCAGUUACCCGUGAAUCCUUACAGGGCUUCAAUACUAGAAGCCGUUAGACGGAAUAAAGUGACAAUUAUUCGUGGCGAAACCGGAUGUGGCAAGACCACUCAGAUUCCUCAGUUCAUUUUGGACUCGUAUUUAGAAUCGGGAAUAGGUGCCGAAUGUUCUAUUCUGGUAACACAACCACGACGUAUAUCUGCUAUAAGCCUUGCCGAACGCAUCGCUUAUGAGAGAGGCGAAACUGUGGGAACGUCUGUUGGAUAUUGUGUUCGUUUUGAGACCGUUUAUCCUCGUCCGUACGGGUCUAUCUUGUUUUGCACUGUUGGGACAAUGGCACGCAAAAUGGAAGGAGGUCUUCGAGGAGUGUCUCAUGUUAUUGUUGAUGAAAUACAUGAGAGAGACGUUAAUACAGAUUUCAUGCUCAUAUUACUGCGCGAAAUGAUAAGAGCAAACAGAAAUCUCCGACUUGUUCUUAUGUCUGCUACCAUUGACAUAACUAUGUUCAGCGAAUACUUUGGCGAUUGUAUGGUUUUGGACAUCGAGGGUCGUACACACCCUGUUGAGUAUUACUUCCUAGAAGACUGUGUAAAGAUGGUUAACUUCGUCCCUCCACCUGCUGAUGAGAAAAAACGGAAGCACCGCCAAGAGUUAGAAAAUGCGACUGAUUACGCUGAAGAAAAUUGCAACUUGAAGUGUGAUCCUAUUUACGGGGAGGCGGUGGUUCGUUCCAUGGGCGAAAUGAUCGAAAAGGAGGUUCCUUUUGAACUUGUGGGUGCGCUUUUGGAUAAGAUCAUAGGUAUGAAUAUUCCCGGCGCUGUUCUUAUCUUCCUUCCUGGUUGGAAUAUCAUUAGUCUUUUGCGAAAGUAUUUACAGUCUCAUUCGAGAUAUGGAAGUCCCAGCUAUGUUAUUCUGCCGCUACAUUCUCAGAUUCCUAGGGAAGACCAACGCCUAGUUUUUCGUUCCACUCCUUCUGGUGUUAGAAAAAUUGUGUUGGCAACUAACAUAGCUGAAUCAUCUAUCACAAUCAAUGAUGUUGUCUUUGUGAUAGAUUUCUGCUUAUCACGCACGAAGCUUUUCACUGCUCGUAACAAUCUGACGUCAUAUUCUACUUCAUGGGCAAGCAAAACAAACCUGGAACAACGGCGAGGCAGAGCUGGUCGAGUUCGUCCAGGAUUCGCUUUUCAUCUUUGUAGUCGUGCUCGCUUUGAUCGUUUAGAACAGCAUGCUACUCCGGAGAUUCUGCGUACUCCGUUACACGAACUGGCAUUACUCAUAAAGCUUUUGCGUCUUGGUUCUGUUAGAGACUUUUUAAUGAAGGCUUUACAACCACCACCACUCGACGCAGUUAUUGAAGCAGAACAUACAUUAAAAGAGAUGAAGGCGUUGGAUAAAAAUGAUGAACUAACUCCUCUGGGAUUUAUUCUUGCUCGACUUCCAAUCGAACCACGUUUGGGGAAAAUGUUAAUAUUUGCUUGUGUCUUUAAUCUGGGUGGAGCAGCUGCUGUUCUCACAUCUACUGCAAGUCUUGGAUGUGAUCCAUUUUUAUUGCCUCCGGAUCAUAGGAGACUCACAAAUCAGCAACGGUCAUUUGCAGCUGGCUACUCAAGUGAUCAUUUGGCUGGUUUGAAUGUUUUUCAAGAGUGGACGACUGAACGUACUCGUCGAGGUGAUGAGUCAGCAGAUUUAUUUUGUGAUCAACAUGGUUUCAAUAGCUCUGCGUUAAGAGUUAUUGAUGAUGCUGCAAACCAACUUAGAGCUAUUCUCAUUAACUUGGGUUUCCCAGAAGAGUCACUGUCGGAUGCACCGGUUAAUUUUAAUUUGAAACACAAUAUCGAUUGCGAUAUACUUAGUACUUUACUUGUGUCUGGAUUGUAUCCAAAUAUCUGUUUUCAUUCAGAUAAACGCAAAUUACUAACAACUGAAGGUACUUUAGCACUUAUACACAAAAGUUCUGUCAAUUGCAUGAAGGAUAUCAAGUUCACUCAUCCAUUUUUUGUUUUCGAUGAAAAAAUUCGUACUCAGGCCGUUUCGUGUAAAGGUCUUUCAAUGGUGAAUCCAAUUCAGCUAAUGCUUUUUGGCUGCCGCUCUGCUAUCUGGAAAUCUGAUGAUUCUAAUGAUAAAGGAAUAGUCGUUAUUGAUGAUUGGAUUCCUUUCCGUAUGAGCUUCAUGACUGCUGCCCGAAUUUUCGCCUUUCGUCCAGCAUUGGAGGCAUUACUUGUCCGUACUUGCCUACGACCAGAAGGUGUUGCCGAUCUUCGAGAAGAAGAUCAGCAUGUUAUUAAUGUGUUGCGUCAACUAUGUUCGCCAGAAGCAUUAAAACCAAAUGCUAGUUUUGAUGAGGCAAAUAACUUCGAUUCUCCGCCGAGAAAACGGUUCGCUACAUCCAGUAAUUGUCCGUUACUCUCGGGUCGGUCGCAUCGAAAUAAAGGGUAUGAAAAUUCAUACUCGGAAAAACAAGGUUUUGGACGCUAUACUAAUUGUCCUAAUCGUCCUACUGACCCAGAACAGGUGCAUGAUAUUCAAUGUGGUCUUUGGCAAGACCCUCAGCCGCAAUUUUCAAAUCCGCGAUAUGAUCACGUACCUGUUAACCGAUUUUCUGGGAACUACAUGGGUGCAAGAUCGUUUGGUCCUAGUGGUGUAGGAAAUAAUUUUAAUGGAUCAUCAUGGAAUUCAUAUGGCGCACCAACUUUUGGUGGGUAUCCAUAUCAACAACAACAGUUUACAAACGAUCGGUUUGUGCAGUCUAAUCAAAGACCAUCAAUUAGACCUCAUUGGGGUGUCCGUUACUAAUUUUUAGUUGCAUAACUUACUUUUACAAAGCGGUUUUAACUGUAUUUAAGUGUUUUCAAGUUAGAUCCAUCUUUACUACGUUUUACUUAUUUGUGAUUAUUUUGAAUUCAUUUAUAUAUUUGUUACAUCAAUAUUCCGUUCUAUGUAAUCUAUAAAAUGUGUUUCUUGUUGACUUCUUUUCCAUUGACUAGCUUCAUUGUUUUGGGGUUUGAACCUUUGUUUUCAUGCACCGUUAUGUUGUUACUAUUUUGGUUGCAAUGAUAAAGUCGUUCUAACUUCUCUAUUUAUAUCUUUGACCCAUUACUUAGGAACAAAAAACUAGGAUUCGCUCUUCCAUGUUCAUUUUACUUAUGAAAAUUCGUUCCAUGUUUCAUAAUAACAAUUCAUUUCACAUAACAUAUCAGUUUGAUUAAUAUAAUGUCUAAAGAAUU